AUGGUUAUAAUACAAGCAGUCUUUAGUCAAGCUACACUCACGCAAAGUCUUUCGGACAAUAACAAUCUUAAACGAAUGAGUAGUGCUUGGGGUAAACGCAUGUCAUCAGCGUGGGGUAAACGUAUGUCAUCCGCAUGGGGAAAACGAGCUGAAAGUGAUAAUGAUGAUUUGUACAAUUAUGUUCUUCGCGAACUUUAUUAUCAAGCACUUCAUAAUAAAAAUGAUUACCCACGAUAUCCAACUGACAAUGAAAUUUUGGACCAAUAUUUAGCACAGCGUACAACAGCUAACAAUGAUGAUGAAGCUGCACAACAAAAUAUGUCAUGA